AUGAAGUAUCUAAACUUAGUUUUCGUGCUUCAGCUUCUUAUUAGCAUCAAAUACGCCUCAUUCGGCCGAGCCUUUUCUCUUUUUGAAGAUGAUACCACCUUUGCCAAUUUGGAUAAACAGCUAAAGCUUCCACAGAAUACACAGCAAACCCUUAAAUUGGACCGUUUGAAUCACGAUGAUCCGCUGUUUACAACUUUUAUUUCUUCUGUGGACACAGAUUACAGUUUGAGACUUAGAACAGUAGAUCCUUCUAAACUAGGAAUUGACACCGUAAAACAAUGGUCGGGUUACAUGGACUAUAAGGAUUCCAAACACUUUUUUUACUGGUUUUUUGAAAGUAGGAACGAUCCUGCUAACGACCCAAUUAUUCUUUGGUUAAAUGGUGGACCUGGUUGUUCCUCGUUUACUGGGUUGCUAUUUGAACUAGGCCCCUCAUCAAUUGGCGCCGAUAUGAAACCAAUCCACAAUCCCUAUUCUUGGAAUAAUAACGCUUCAAUGAUCUUCUUAGAACAGCCACUCGGAGUCGGCUUUUCCUAUGGUGAUGAAAAAGUCUCCUCUACAAAAUUAGCAGGCAAAGAUGCGUACAUUUUCCUGGAAUUGUUUUUUGAAGCUUUUCCUCAUUUACGCUCCAACGAUUUCCACAUUGCAGGCGAAUCCUAUGCAGGACAUUAUAUCCCUCAAAUUGCACAUGAGAUCGUUGUCAAGAACCCUGAAAGAACGUUCAAUUUAACUUCAGUUAUGAUUGGUAAUGGUAUCACAGACCCUUUGAUUCAAGCAGAUUAUUAUGAACCAAUGGCAUGCGGGAAAGGGGGCUAUCACCCUGUUCUCUCAUCAGAAGAAUGUGAGAAAAUGAGUAAAGCUGCAGGUCGUUGUCGUAGGUUGAACAAGUUAUGUUAUGCUUCUAAAUCAAGUUUACCAUGCAUAGUCGCCACUGCUUACUGUGACUCUGCACUUUUGGAACCGUACAUUAACACAGGACUCAACGUCUAUGACAUUAGAGGGCCCUGUGAAGAUAAUAGUACUGAUGGUAUGUGUUAUACAGGUCUCCGCUAUGUCGACCAGUAUAUGAAUUUUCCUGAAGUUCAAGAAACGCUAGGGUCCGACGUGCAUAAUUAUUCUGGCUGUGAUAAUGACGUGUUCACCGGAUUUUUGUUUACGGGCGAUGGAAGUAAACCAUUUCAACAAUAUAUUGCUGAAUUAUUAAAUCACAACAUUCCGGUAUUAAUAUAUGCGGGUGAUAAGGAUUAUAUUUGUAAUUGGCUGGGAAACCAUGCUUGGUCCAAUGAGUUGGAAUGGAUCAAUAAACGUAGGUAUCAGAGAAGGAUGUUAAGACCAUGGGUCAGUAAAGAAACAGGUGAAGAGUUGGGACAAGUCAAGAACUAUGGCCCUUUCACCUUUUUGAGAAUAUACGAUGCCGGUCAUAUGGUGCCCUAUGAUCAACCGGAGGCAAGUUUGGAAAUGGUCAACAGUUGGAUUUCCGGUAAUCGUGCUUUUUCGGAUCUUUCCACCUUGGAAAAUGCUAGUUAG